UGGCCUAUAUAGGGGCUAUUGGACUCCAUACCAAUCCUCUUGCAAGACUCACAGAGAUGGCUUCAUCCUUAGAAUGCGCUGCUGCGGCUGGUGUGAACUCAAUGAAGAGUCCUUCGCAAUGCCAAGCACAUCUCUCCACAGGAUUUGCUGAUGCCACUUACGAGUCGUCCUCCUCUCCGCCCUCAGGCCAACCCGGAGACAAGGUCAAAGGCGCCGAAUUCUACAGAAAUGUUGUAAAGUACAUUUGGGAAAACCGGACAGAUUACCAUCUUGGAUGA